AGUAACAAAGCCAUCAACAAUCUUCCAUGGAGAAAAAGAACCCUUGCAUAGCCAUGGUUCCAUCUCCAGGCUUUAGCCUUCUCCAACCACUCAUCGAGUUCUCAAAACGACUCGUCGUUUUCUACCCUCACUUCCACAUCACCUUCUUCAUCCCCACACUUGGCCCUCCCUCUCCUGCUGCACAUUCCAUCUUCCAAUCUCUCUUUUUACCACAAAUAGAAUUCAUUAUUCUCCCACAUAUCAAUAUGGAAGACUUCAAAGCUAAUAAUAACGACCCAGUAACUCAAAUGCAUCUCACUGUGACUCUCUCUCUUCCUUCUCUUCGUCGUGAGUUAAGCUCAUUUAUUAGUUCUCGAACUCAUCAUCUUGUUGCAAUGGUUGCUGAUUUGUUCUCAGUAGAUGCGUUAGAAAUAGCAAAGGAACUCAACAUCAAGUCAUAUGUUUUUCAUUCUUCAUCUGUUACUUCGCUAUCUUUCUUCCUGCGUCUUCCAGAGCUUGAUGAGGAUCACGAGACGGUUUCCACAGGUUUUCGAGAGUUAUCACAACCUCUGAAACUUCCAGGUCGUUGUGUGGCUUUUCAAGGCAAGGAUCUUCCACGCCCGGUUCAAGAAAGAUCGAGUGACUCCUACAAAACAUUCCUUCAUGCAAGCAAACGACUCCGUUUUGCAGAUGGUAUCAUAGUGAAUAGCUUCCAAGAUCUAGAACGAGAGGCAAUAGAAGCUUUGCAGGAAAGCAAUAAUAAAUACCCUUUUCUUCAUCCAGUAGGACCCAUUUUGCAGACAACCUCAACUAUUAUAAACAAGUCGAACUUAGAAUGUUUAACUUGGUUGGGAAAUCAGCCACAAAACUCAGUUCUAUAUGUCUCUUUUGGUAGCGGCGGAACACUUUCACAUGACCAACUUCAUGAGCUAGCCUUAGGAUUACAGAUGAGUGGCCACAAGUUCUUAUGGGUCUUGAGGGCCCCAAGUGCAUCUCCUAGUUCAGCUUAUUUGAGUGCACAAAAGGAGAACCCAUUUGACUACUUGCCAAAAGGGUUUCUAGAGAGAACCAAGGGUCAAGGCUUUGUGGUCCCAUCAUGGGCCCCACAAAUCGAAGUUUUGAGCCAUGAAUCAACUGGUGGGUUCUUGACACAUUGUGGUUGGAACUCCAUACUUGAGGCUAUGGUCUAUGGCAAGCCAAUGAUUGCGUGGCCACUAUUUGCAGAGCAGAGAAUGAAUGCAGUUAUGUUAGUUGAGCAGUUUAAGGUUGCAGUGAGGCCGAAAGGUGAUGAGAAUUAUAAGAAUGGGAUUGUAAUGAGAGAGGAAGUUGCUAGGGUUGUGAGGAUUGUAAUGGAAGGUGAAGAAGGCAGAGAACUUCAAACAAGAAUUCGAGUGUUUAAAGAAACUGCUGCUAAAGCCACUAGUGAAGAAGGAACUUCUACGAGGAUGCUUUCUAACUUAGCGUUUGAAUGAAAAAGAUUUGAGUAACAUUAGUUUUUCCUUCAUCAGUGAGUUAUCUUAUCCUAAUAGGUUUUCUACAGAAUAAUUUUGUGUAUCUAUAUAUUCAAAUCCUACAAAAUGUGUUCCUUUUCUUUA